AUGGCCUUCGGUCUAUCUGUCGUCGACUUUGCCGUCGUCACCUGUGUGGCCUCUGCUUUCGCUCUAUAUCGCCUUUUCAGUGUUCCCUCCCACCUCCGACACAUCCCCACAGUCCCUCUCCUUCCGCUCCUGUACAGUUAUUUCUCCGGCGAAGUCGAGGAACAGCGGAUAAAGCGCCUCGUCCUCCCCUUCGCCGAGAAAAAGGACACCAGCGUCGUGCUCGUCUUCUGUCUCGGCGACUGGAUGGUGCAGGUCCUCGAUCCCAAGGUCGGAAAGCAGCUGCUCGAGAGCCCGCACGUGCGCAAGCAGCCGCAGCCCGCCGACAUGCUCCUCUGGCGGCUCAUCGGGCGCAACAACGUGUUCAUGUCCGACGGCGCGAUGUGGAAGCGUCAGUCCCGGAUCAUGCACGACGCGCUCAAGCAGACAACGCCCGUCCACGUCUUCGCCGACCUCGCCCGCACGACGAUGGGCAUCCUCGGCGACGGCGGCCGCGUGCGCUGGAACGACCUCACGAACCGGUACACGCUCGACGCGGUCGGGACGACCGUCAUCGGCUACGACUUCCAGGCGCUCAAGCACCCACACGGAUCCUUCGUCCGCCGGUACCACGACGUGAUGGCCGCCAUCGCGAGCCCGGCGUACGUCGUCUUCCCGAAGCUCGAGCGCUGGCUCCCGCGGCGGGGCGUGCGCAAGAUGGUCGACGACUUCGUCGCCGAUUUCGUCGGGCUCAUCAACGAGAAGAAGCUCAGCCCGGGCAACGACGUGCUCACCUUCAUGUUCGACGAGCCGGAGAUGACCGAGGACGAGUACCGCGACAACUCGAUCGUGACCUUCAUCGGCGGCCACGACACGACCGCGGGCGCGCUCUCGACCUCGGUCUACUUCCUCGCCCGCGACCCGGCCCUGCAGGCGCGGGUGCGCGCGGAGGUCCUCGCCGCGCUCGGCCCCGAGGAGCCGCGCGCGGCGCACUACGCCGCCACGCCGCUCCUCAACGCCGUCAUCCGCGAGUCGCUCCGGCACAACACCCCGACGAACAUCACCGUGCCCCGCGUCGCGGACGUGCCGCUCGACGUCGGCGGUUGGGCGGUCCCGCCGGGCACACCGAUGGCGCUGCACAUGUGCGCGGCGCACCACAACGCGCGCGUGUUCCCGCGGCCGGACGCGUUCGCGCCCGAGCGGUUCCUCCGCGAGGAGGACGGCGCGGCGACGCUUGACGGCCUCGGCGGCGGGGGCGCGUGGGUGUCGUUCGGGCUCGGGGCGCGGCGGUGCCCGGCGAAGAACUUCUCGCUGUACGAGCAGCGGGUGCUGAUCAGCAUGCUCCUGCGCGAGUACCGCUGGACGCUCCCCGAGGACUCCGUCCACCGCGACUUCCUCAAGAACGGCUUCUCCGCGUUCGCGCUCAGCCUCCCGGAGAAGCUCGACAUCGACUUCGUCAGGAUCGGCGAGAAACCGGUCCCCAGCCCGGUGUAG